CCGUGCAGGCAUCCAGUGAUUUCGAAAUGGAAAAAGAUGAGAGUAAAUCAAAACUGCCGUCUGCCUCCGAUGGGAUCAAAACUCAGGAGGCAGCGGACGGCCUGGCUGAAGAAGAGGCAAACUUGAGGAAGGAAGUCGAGCUUUUUCUUCAGGAAGAAUUAGAUAAACUCUUGGCCGAAAACGAAACCCCCGAAGAAGAAGCUGAGCAGCUGCCCAGGAAAACAAGCCAGGAAUCCAAGGCUAGUGAGAAAGCCAGGGGACCUCCCAAGAGGACCAAGGUUGGUGUGGAGCAACCCAGCAGGCUGGAGAAAACGGGGGUCGACGAAGACCUCCUGACCUUGCUGGAUGAGCCGUGGGACCUCCUCAAGGAGCCCACCGGGGGCGAGUUGGAGAAUCAGUGGGACAAUUUAUCCAUGUUGGAUGAAUCAAUGCUGGAACUGAAGACCAAGGAGAUAGAGGUAGGUCCUUCAAGGCAAGAGGAGGCGGCGAAGAUCUCAGCGGAGGAGGAGGAGGAGGAGAAGAAGACAGGAGGCGAGGAGAAGGAGGAACGCCUGGUCAAGAUGUCGGCCAAGGGGGGACAACACCUCCUGAAGCCCGUCUUCUUAGAUUACCUGGAGGAAGAGGAUAACUUGAAGGACGGAUCCAAGCACAGCUUGUGGUCCAUGCGAAGCAACAUCGGGGCAAUCUUUGAGCAUAAAAUUCAGCAUUUGCAAGACCUGAAGGACACCAUCCAGAAGAAAAGCAUAACCACGCUACCACUUGGUUAUUUCACCAAGUUGUCCAAAUGCUUCACCAGGAGUGGGGCUGCUGAAAAAGAAGAGCAAACCUCUGAGGACGCAGAGCCACGGGAUCAGCCACGGGACUGGAUGCCACGAUUUAUGAAGAAGUCGAAAACCAAAAGGAUGGUCGGCUUCCGCACAAAAUCCUUGAAGAAAUCGCAGCUGGAAAGAGACCAGGUGACAGAAUUGUCUAAAAUCUUCAGCGAGGAUUUCUUCAGGAGCCAAGAUCAGAGGGGCUCUGAAGAUGUUCUUGAUGAAGAUCUUCCCCUGAGUCCUGAGGAUUUUCCACAGCAAAAUGAAGAGGAGUUGAAACAAACACAGGAGGAGACCAAAAAACAGGAGGAUGAGUCUAUUUUUUCCUAUCCAGAUGUUCCUAGUUCUUCGUGGUUCAUGGGACAGGGAAUCAGUCCCAGGCAAAUGGGCCACUCCCGGGAGUUUCCAGAGUCCGUUUUUAAGGAAAAAGCGUAUAAACAGAAAUUUGCCAAGCACGAGCGGGACUCUAAAGUGUCGGUACCUCUGCCUCUGCAAGAACUGAUGGAGGAGGAAAUCUUGGCCAUUUUAAAGGCGACGCUGCUGGAUUACCAGAAAAAACUCGGGGCGCAUCACCCCCUCACCGGGCAGAUGGAGCAGCAGGUGGACAAGCUGCACCUGCUGUUGCAAGGAAGAGGAAUCGUCUGAGCCCCCCCACCAGGCCCGGGAGGGUCCCGCCUCCCCCUUCUCCGUCUGUCCGUCUCGGGAAGCCCCCGGUCUCCGCUCUUGCCAGCUCCCCCAAACUGGGAAGUAAAGGAGUAAAUUUAGCUUUUUUUUUUUUUUCUUAAAUUGCAACCUGUUCUCUUUUUGGUCAAUAAAAGUCUCUCCGUUUUAUCCCAGCGUUUUUCAAGCUUGGCGGCUCAAAGAUGGCAGACUUUAGUUCCCAGGAUUCCCCAGUCAGCAGGCUUUAAGAGGGGUGGACUUCUCCUCCUCCUCUUCCUCUUCCUCUUCCUCCUCUUCCUCUUCCUCUUCCUCCUCAUGCACCAUCCC